AUGGCCCCAAACAAAAACGCAAUUUUUCCUUCCUCUGACAAUUCGUCAUCACCCGUUAUUUCUUCAACGGAUGAUGAUGAAAGGACCUCAUUGAUUCCAAAGAAGAAAAAUCGAGUUGUUGCAGCAACAAUUACAGAGGAAAAUAAUUCUCCUCGAUCGAUUUAUAGAAUGAAAAAAAACGAUCAGGAUGUGGUUGAGAAGGUUUCAACAUUAUCGGUUGUUAAUCCAAUGAUUGAUACAAGCAUUGUUUGCCUGUUUGUGGUGAAAUUUGAUUUAAAAAUUGGUUAUCAGAUUGAACAUCAAAUGCAGAACUCGGCCAAUCCUAUUAAUUUGAACGGAAUUGAGUAUAAAUGUCUUCCGAGUGGAACCCACAAAUUGGAUACUGAUACGGUGUUGUUUAGACAUGUACAUGACAAUAGGGAAUAUUUUGGAUUGGCUUGUGUUGAUAUUUUCAGAUCAAAAGAUUUAGAUCGAGGGUCUAGAAUUCGAUCCCUCGGAAUACUCUCUCCUGAUUAUAGAGGAGUCAUGACUCAUACUACCUUUUUGAGAAAUUGUAUUCAAGGAAUGAACGCUUGUGACAAUAGUGAAGACAGUCGACAAUUUAUCCAUAAUUUAACGGAAUAUUUCCAGAAUCAUGAUUCAAACUCAAAAAUCAACCAACGACGACUCUCAGAAAUUACAAAAGAAGAAAUUGAAAAUCACCUCAAUUUUGGGUCCCUAAUAUCUCUCUUUUAUUUCUACAGAGAGAAUAUAUUUACAUUGUGGAAAGCAUUACUUUUGAAAAAGAGAAUAUUAAUUUCAACAUCAGUUCCUAUUGGAUCUGGCUGCUCUAAAGUACAUGCCAUCCACUUUUUAACCUAUUUUGCCCCUCAACAAGCAUAUUCGUACAUUGAAAACCAUUUUGGAAGAAAUAUUAAUUUCUGCUAUUACAUUUCCUUAAACGACUACUCACACUUACUUCAGAUGAAAAGCUAUUUAGCAUGUACAUGUGACGAAAUUUUGGAAUCGAAGCCUGAAUGUUACGAUGUUCUUUUAAAAGACCGACAAGUCGUCAUUCCAGACAAGAUUUUGAAACAAACAUUAAAGAAGUCUGAAAGUGACGAAGAAAAGUCGAAACUGCUGGAUACUUUACUCAGCCAAAUUGCUCAUCUUCCAAGAAUGGAACAAGAAGCUAUUUUUCGAAAAUACUUUGCCUUUAUUAACAAUCAAACCAUCUUAUUUCUGGGUAGUCAGGACAAGAGAGCCCAAGUGAAUAAGCGAGUCAUGUCAGCAGAGAGAAAAAGCGGAACCCUUCCUCUGUGGGGUGAUGAUAUUUAUUUUGUGAAGGAACUCGCCGAAUUGAUUGGGUUGGAUAUAGAAUUCACAACGUCAAGUUCGUUCUGUUGUUGUUAA